AUUCUCAACCAGUUUGUAUUAAAAAAAGUUUAAACCUUUUGCCCAUUGAACAAUCAAGAAGGUAUAUCACCAAACCCUUUUGCCCUAUUGGCACAAAUCUCCAUCUGAUCUCCACAUCACUUUGGGUGAAACCCCUCUCCAAGAUAAGCAUUAGGUAUAUAUAUAUAUAUAUGCUUAUCGAUCGGUUUCAAAGAUGCUAUCUUUUCGAAUCCCGUCACUGGGGAGCCACCAUCAUCCAUCAACGUUCGCCGAGAAAGUCACAGACGAUCCAAAGGCCGCCUUCCAUCUCAAGACAGCCGCCGCCGCCGCCGCCGCCUCUCAGAGCACCGUCACGUGCGGAUACCAGGCCCACAUAGCGGGCUACUUCCGAAACGUCACCGUUUUGUGGUCCAAGAACGUCAUGCACCACUCCCUCACCCUCAUGGUCUCGAGCCUCGACAACGACAUGAACUACUGUUGCAAGAUCGAUCUCGUGAAGCCAUGGCAGUUCUGGAGCAAGAAAGGGUCGAAGUCGUUCACCGUCGAGGGAAACCUCGUCGAGAUCUUCUGGGAUCUCCGGUCCGCGAAGCUCUCAGGCAACGGAUGCCCUGAACCGGUUUCCGAUUAUUAUAUCGCCGUUGUCUCCGAUGAAGAGGUUGUCUUGUUGUUGGGAGAUCUCAAGAAGAAAGCGUACAAGAGAACGAAGUCGAGACCCGCAUUGGUUGAUCCCUUCAUGUGCUACAAAAAGGAAAGCGUGUUCAGCAAGAAAACGUUUUCGACACGGGCCAGUUUCGACGAGAGGAGGAAAGAGCACGAGGUGGUGGUCGAGAGCAGUUGCAGUGGCGGCGGAGACGGAGAUGACGGGGGCGACGAGGCGGCGGAGAUGUGGAUAAGAGUGGACGGAGUCGUGGUCGUGCACGUGAGGAAUCUCCAGUGGAAAUUCCGCGGGAAUCAGACAGUGUUGGUCGACAAAACUGCCGUUCAAGUGUACUAUGAUGUCCAUGAUUGGCUGUUUGGGAGUCAGGGGAUGGCGGCGAACGGGCUUUUCGUGUUCAAGCCGGUGACGGUGGCUAUUGCAGCAGUUGCGGCAGAGGAGGAGGGCAGAGAUACGGAGGAAGCGGUGGCCGGAGGAGAUAGCGGCGGCGGCGGAGGGAGUAGUCCGGUGAGUAGGUAUUACUCCGCCUCUAGCGGAGGAAGUGGGUAUGGGCCUUUGCAAGACUUUUGUUUGUUUCUUUAUGCUUGGAAACUUGAGUGAGCCGAAUCAUAUUAGCAUAUUUUUGUUUUUGUUUUUUUCACAUUUAGAUUUUUUUUAA